GAACAUCUUUGGAUAGGGCUUAUCAAGGCUGCGAAUUCCGAGCUGUGGUACGAGGACAAAUCUCGAUGUAAGGAAAGAUCUGAUACAUUGCCUGGAGAGCGUUACGAUAGACAGCAGUGCGCUGUGAUUAAUAUGUCUAUGGCGUAUUACGGCGAUCCUUAUAUGGCAUACCCAACUUCCUGCAGUGAAACGCUUACCUUUGCUUGUAAUUUCAACAAAGGCACUGUACCAAAAGGUGUUGAUGUAUACAGAAAUACAGAGAUGGCAGAGACAGGAGAUUACACAGACGAAAUCAGCAAUGUGUUUAAUGAGACAGAAUGUGCUACUGUGGCUUUUAAUAGAACUUUUGACUGUUACGCUUCGACCUUUGAUCACGUGACAGGAUCGUGUCAUGUCGAAUGUGCUUCUUUUCCAAACGUUCCAGAGAAUAUCACCCUCGUGGAAUCGUCCACCAACAAGACUUUGCUGCUACAUAGAGGUCGCCAUGGGGUGGAAGGUUCAGGAGUGCCAAUGGUAGGUGGUAGGUUUAUUGGUCCCCAGUUUAGUUCUCAGAAGAUCGACAGUUUAAAUGUGGAUCCAGACUGUAGGUGCAAAUCCCCAGAGAACUUGAUUAGUUUCACUUCAUGCAAGAAAAGUUCUAGCCCUGAUACCCCAGUGUUUAGGGAUAGGGUGGCUGAUGAUUACUCAUUUCCCAUGGGGGAGGGGCAGUUAUGUCCGAUGUCCUAG